UCCUUCUCCCUCCCCUGCUGAGUCUGCAGAAGACCAAGGCCUGGCCCAAGCAGGGAGCAUGGAGCCAGAGGGAAUGGUCCCUGGGAGCUGCAGACCCCCACCCCAGGAGUUGGUGACAUUCCAGGAUGUGGCUGUAGACUUCACCCCAGAGGAGUUGAGCCUGUUAGACCGUCCUCAGAAGGAGUUGUACAAGGAGGUCAUGUUGGAGAAUGCCCAGAACUUGCACUUCGUGGGGAUUCCAGUUCCCAGAGAAUAUUUGAUGUAUUCUGAGGAAAGUGAAGCACCAUGGAUGCUGGAAGAAGAAGGCCAGCAGAGCUGCUGUCCAGGAGAGAUUAGACCUGAAAUGAGAGAGACUACUGGAAAGCUAAGGAUUUCUGUGAAAGAAAGUCACAAAGAAAGCUUCAUGUGUGAUGGUCCCUGUGACUUCACUGGGAGAAAAAUCUGUGCUGUAUUUCACAGAAUCCACAGAGGAAAGAAAUCUUAUAAUUGUCAUCAUUGUGGGAAAGACAUGAAUCAACAGUCAUCCCUGAUUUGCCAACAAAAAAUUCAUACUGGAGAGAAACCAUACGAGUGUCACAAAUGUGCUGAACCUUUUAGUGAACACUCAUCCUUCAUUAUGCAUCACAGUGUUCACAGUGGCAAGAAACCUUAUGAAUGUAAUCAGAGUGGAAAGGCUUGGAGUUACAGCUCUAGUCUUGCUGUACAUCAGAGCAUCUGCACUGGAGAGAAACCAUAUGAAUGUGAUAAAUAUGGAAAGACAUUCAUGCAGAGCUCGAACCUUGCUCAACAUCAGAGAAUCCACACUGGGGAGAAACCUUAUGAAUGUAAUCAAUGUGGAAAGCCUUUCAGAAUCAGCUCCAGUCUUGCUGUACAUCAGAGAAUCCACACUGGGGAAAAACUUUAUAAAUGUAAUCAAUGUGUAAAGGCUUUCACAGAGAGCUGCAAUCUUGGUGUACAUCAGAGAAUCCACAACCUGCAGAAACCUUAUGAAUGUAAUCAGUGUGGAAAGGCUUUCACACAGAGCUACAGUCUUGCUGUACAUCAAAGAAUCCACACUGGGGAGAAACCAUAUGAAUGUAAUGAAUGUGGAAAGGCUUUCAGAGAGAGCUCCACUCUUGCUAAGCACCAGAGAAUCCACACUGGGGAGAAACCUUAUGAAUGUAAUCAAUGUGGAAAGGCUUUCAGAGUCAGCUCCAAUCUUGCUGUACAUCAGAGCAUCCACACUGGGGAGAAACCUUAUGAAUGUAAUCAAUGUGGAAAAGCUUUCAGAAUCAACUCCAAACUUGCUGCACAUCAGAGAAUCCACGCUGGGGAGAAACCUUAUGAAUGUGAUCAAUGUGGAAAGGCUUUCAGAAUCAACUCCCAACUUGUUGCACAUCAGAGAAUCCACACUGGAGGGAAACCUUAUGAAUGUAAUCAAUGUGGAAAGGCUUUCAGAGAGACCUCCACUCUUGCUAAGCAUCAGAGAAUCCACACUGGGGAGAAACCUUAUGAAUGUAAUCAAUGCGGAAAGGCUUUCACAGAUAGUUGCAAUCUUGCUAACCAUCAGAGAAUCCACACUGGGGAGAAACCUUAUGAAUGUGAUCAAUGUGGAAAGGCUUUUAGAAUCAAAUACAGUCUUGUUGUACAUCAGAGAAUCCACUCUGGGGAGAAACCUUAUGAAUGUAAUCAAUGUGGAAAGGCUUUCAGAAUCAACUGGAAACUUGCUGCACAUCAGAGAAUCCACACUGGGGAGAAACCUUAUGAAUGUGAUCAAUGUGGAAAGGCUUUCAGACAGAGCUUCAAACUAGCUGUACACAAGAGAAUCCACACUGGGGAGAAACCUUAUGAAUGUAAUCAAUGUGGGAAAGCUUUCACAAUCAACUCCAAACUUGCUGCACAUCAGAGAAUCCACACUGGGGAGAAACCUUAUGAAUGUGAUCAAUGUGGAAAGGCUUUCAGUGUAAGGUAUAGUCUCGCUGUACAUCAGAGAAUCCAUGCUGGAGAUAUACCUUAUUCCAGUCUUGGUGUAUAUCAGAGAGUCCACAAUGGGCUGAAACCUCGUGAAUGUUAUCAGUGUGGAAUCCACACUGAGGAGAAACCAUAUGAAUGUAAUGAAUGUGGAAAGGCUUUCAGAGUCAACUCCCAACUUGUUGCACAUCAGAGAAUCCACACCGGAGGGAAACCUUAUGAAUGUGAUAAAUACAGAAAGUUAUUCACACAGAGCUCAAACCUUACUCAACAUCAGAGAAUCCACACUGGGGAGAAACCUUACGAAUGUAAUCAUUGUGGAAACACAUUCAGAUUUAAAAGCCAUCUUAGUGUACACCAGAGAAUUCACACUGGGGAGAAGCCUUAUGAAUGUAAUCAAUGUGGAAAAGCUUUCAGGUUCAACUCCAAACUUGCUGCACCUAAGAGAAUCCACACUGGGGAGAAACCUUAUGAAUGUAAUCAAUGUGGAAAGGCUUUCACAGAGAGUUCCAUUCUUGCUGUACAUCAGAGAAUCCACACUGGGGAGAAACCUUAUGAAUGUAAUCGAUGCAGAAAGGCUUUCACAUAG